AUGGAGGAUGAGAACAUGGCUCAGACUCGACCGGCAACUCGGUCGCGCAUUCCACAAGUUGGCGGCCUACGAGAGAUGAAUUCCGCAUCAGCAAAUUCCCGGUCGGGCAUCAUGCCGCCUGGAACGAUCGUGAAUAAGACAGUCUCGCCGACUCGUCCCAGAACAUUUACAUCCCCGGAACCGAAGAAACCUGCAUCUGUUUCGCGCCCAGGCCCUGUCGCUUCGAGACAACACGCUCGAGGGAACUCGUUCGCCUCGUCUACCAUUUCUCGAUCUGGGUCUACAGCCUCUCGACCGGCAACUAAUAACUUUUCAGCCACCAUGGGCCAUAACUCACGCGCGACGUCGGCCAUGCCUCGCCCGCAGACCUCGCUUGGCACUCGCAGACUCGGCAAUUCCAUUCAGCGCCCUGCUACCUCGUUAGAUACCCACAUUGAAGAUGGCGCCGGAAGUGUUCUUGGAAAACGAAAGGAUACCGAAUGGAACCAAGACAAUCGCGACAAACAAGUGGACGAGAUGUUCAAUCAAAUUAUGGCUCGUGUAAAUGAACAAGGGCAUGAAGCGACUGGUCUUAAAGACACCGUUGAAAUUUACAAGUCCCGAAUUGCCGAACUGGAACGCGCUCGCGAUGGGCUGGGCGAGGCUAACGUCAAUCUGCGAGUGGAACUGGAAUCUUUAAGGGGCCAACUUGCUCUUGCUGAAAAAGCCUUGGCUGAUGCCCGCCGAGAUCAGGACAUUGCUAUGGACGAUGUGGAAGGCCGCCACCGGAUUGAAAUCGCGUCUAUUAAUCAGGAAAAUCAGAAAGAGAAAGAGAGACUCGCGUCUCGACAUGAAGAUGAAAUACAUAUUCUUAAGCGAAAGUUUCAAGGCGAGGUUGAAGACGAGAAGGCCAAGCGAGUCCGAGAGCUCGGAAAUCUAACAACAGAGUCCACCAUGGAGAUUCAGAAGUCCCAAUUAGAGCUGAACAAUAAGGAGCGGGAAAUCGCUACUCUGAAGAAUGAGCUUGAUACCAUGAAGGCCGACGUGAACCGCGAACGGAAAACCGUCCAUGAUCUCCGACAUAACUUAGAUACGGCCAGCAGCAACAGUGUUACCCUUGAGUCGACAAUCAGAGCCCUCAAAGCCCGCAUUGAGUUCCUUGAAGGUGGCCGCGAGGAACAAUCUCAAGCCUUCGAGCGAUGCAACCAGGAAAUGAUGGAUGCUCUGGCAGAGACGGACGCGAUCAAAGAAAAGCUUCGGAAAGAAGAGACAAUGCGUCGCAAGCUUCAUAACCAGGUACAGGAGCUCAAGGGAAAUAUUCGCGUGUUUUGUCGUGUUCGCCCGUCUCUCAGGAACGAACCUUCAUCUAGCAUUUCGCCAAUGCAGUAUCCUGAUGAAUCCGAAGAUGCCAAAGAGAUCAAUGUCAUGGGCCCCGAAGAGAAAAGUAGUCUUGGUACUUUGUCUCGCAAGAACAAUCCUUUCUCCUUUGAUCGCGUAUUUGGGCCCUCCACCCAGAAUGCCGAAGUCUUCGACGAAAUUAGCCAAUUGGUCCAAAGUGCCCUUGAUGGAUACAAUGUUUGCAUUUUCUGUUAUGGCCAGACCGGCAGUGGCAAGACCCAUACCAUGUCCUCGCAAGAUGGCAUGAUUCCCCGCGCUGUUCAUCAAAUUUACCAGACUGCCCAGGGCCUGGAAGAGAAGGGUUGGCGUUAUACCAUGGAAGGAAAUUUCGUCGAGGUUUACAACGAGAAUCUCAAUGAUCUCCUUGGUAACCCAGAUGAACUGGAUAAGAAGAAGCAUGAGAUUCGCCACGAUAUGCAGCGGGGAAAGACCAGUAUCACUGACAUCACUACUGUUCAACUGGACUCUCCUGAAAUGGUUGAAAGCCUCCUCAAAAAUGCAGAUGCCAACCGGUCUGUUGCCGCUACAAAAGCCAACGAACGCUCCUCUCGAUCACAUUCAGUGUUCAUUCUGAAGCUUACUGGCCAAAACCAUGUGACCGGAGAACGUAGCGAAGGUACGCUCAACCUGGUUGAUUUGGCCGGAAGUGAACGCCUAAGUCACAGUGGAGCAACAGGCGAGCGUUUGAAAGAAACGCAAAACAUCAACCGCAGUCUUAGCUCGCUUGGCGAUGUCAUUGCGGCUCUUGGCCAGGGCAAGGACGGUGGUCAUAUUCCAUACCGUAAUAGCAAGCUUACAUAUCUACUUCAAUUCUCUCUGGGUGGAAAUUCGAAGACCCUCAUGUUUGUCAUGGUUAGCCCAUUGCAGGCGCAUUUGUCCGAGACCUUGACCAGCUUGAAGUUCGCAACUAAAGUACACAAUACCCACAUCGGCACCGCUAAACGCCAAGCGCGUGUUCGCGACGCUUGA